GCAUUACUCGACAAAAGCAGAGGGUGGAUUUGCAAAAACCCCACGACCUGACUUCGCCGCCUCCCUCCCUCGCCAUCUCGACGCCUCGCCUCGAACCUUCCAGAAGCUUCCCUCGGCCCUUCCCCCCAUGGCGCCGCGGGGCCACCACCUGGCGGAGGUGGCCCUCCUCGCGUCGGCGUCCGAGGACCUCGCCGCGGUGGGGGCCGGCGAGAGGGAGGGCUGGCUGGACGACCCCGCCGUGCUCCCUUCCCUCGCCCCCCGCGCGCGCGCCCUCGCCGUCGCCAGCGCCGCGCGGUCGGUGCUCGCGGUUGUCCCGGUCUCCGGGGGAGGCCGGGUCACGGUGAAGCCCGCGCUGGGCCCCGACGAUGGCCGGAUCUCCGCCGUGGAGUGGGUUCCGCUCGCCGGGGAGGACGCCGAGGUUGCGGAGGAGGGAGUGGCCGUGGCCGUCGGCACGGACGCCGGGUGGCUCUUGUUCUACUCUCUCGCCGGUGAUCUGCUGCACAAGCAGAGUAUUUACCCUGCAAAGAUACUAAAACUUAACUUCCGCGAGAGGAAGGAAAAUGCUUGGGAAGAUUCAGGCUCGGAUGAACUUUCUGUGGUUUUCCCUGGUGUUAUUGCACGUUUUGAUGGUGCUGACCUUCAGAACAUGCUUCAAAAAUCAUUUAAUGAAGUUAAACCACACGUGUGGAAAGAUAAUUCUGAACAGGAAGAUGCUGACGAUGAUAGUUCUUUCGGAAGAAUACCUUUUCAAAUUUGGAAUGUAAGCAAAUUUAGUUCUAGUGCAGAUGCUGCAAUUGUUGGAUUGAUGCCACCUCCCUUGUUGGAACUGCAGUCGAGUCAGCGCCAUUAUUGUGCCAUUACAGUUGGAGAGGAUGCUGUAGUUUCUGCAUAUAGGCUAUCAGAAGACAGAAGCAGGUCAAUUGUUGGUGCAAUUUUGUCAAGAGGUGUUGCUGCAACAUUUUCAACAAUAUCUUCUUUAUCUAAAAUUUUAUGGCGGAGCGAACCAUCACCGACUAAGAAAUCACGUCCUAAGCCUCAGUCUUUUGCAAAAACAUCACCCCUAACUUGCUUGAAAGAUUCACCAAGGAAGGGUGAACGGCUUACACUAUCCCCAAGUGGUACAUUGGCUGCCAUAACUGAUUCUCUUGGCCGCAUCCUACUACUGGACACUCAUGCCCUUGUGGCUGUACGGCUAUGGAAGGGUUACCGUGAUGCUUCUUGUCUUUUCGUGGAGAUGCUUCUGAACAAAGACAAAGCAUCAAGUUCACUGCACACUGAAUAUACAAAGGGUGACUAUUGUCUGUGUCUAGCAAUUCAUGCCCCACGGAAAGGCAUAAUUGAGAUUUGGCAAAUGCGGACCGGGGCACGUCUUCUAACGAUCCCAUGCCCCAAGGGGAGCAGAAUCUUACAGCCAUCGACGAGGUUCACGUCAUCGCCAUUCUCAUCAUCUUACUCACCAUUGGAGGUUUACCUGUUCAAUGGUGAUUCUGGGCAGUUGUCUGUAUUGAAUAGGCACAUUGGUUAAUAAUAACUCUUCUUUUGCGCUCUUGUUUCCUUUUUCCUUUCCCGCCUAGGGUUGUACAGUACAACUAUUUUAAUUCUUGAAUGGCCAGGUGUUUAUGAUUUUGGCAUUCAAGGAAAUAAUAAUAAGGUUAGUUCUUUCUGAUUUUGCCCA